AGCGGCGCAGGCCAGUGCUGUGUCUGGUGGGAUCUAAGAGCCGGCGAGGAGGACCGAGGGGCGGCGGGGCGGGGAGCUCGGAGGCAUGGCGCGGCCCGAUGACGAGGUGGGGCCGGCCGUGACGCCCGGGCACCCGCCGGGGAAGGGAUACCUUCCAGUGUCCAGGGGCGCCCCGGACGGGGAGGCGUGCGUGGAGCCUCAUGACCGGCCUGAGGCAUUGAACGGAGGCCCCGGGCUCGGCCCGCUGGUCGCGGCAGCCCCGGGCGACCCGCAAGCUCUGAUAGCGGCGGAGGAGGAGACCCAGGCCCGGCUGCUGCCCGUGGGCGGCGUGGAGGACGUCUCAUCCCCCGCGCGCCCCUCGCGCACGGCGCUAUCGCCGCGGCGCUUCUUGGUGCUGCUCAUCUUCAGCCUUUACUCGCUGGUGAACGCCUUCCAGUGGAUCCAGUACAGCAGCAUCAGCAACGUGUUCAUGGACUUCUACCACGUGACGCCGCUGCACAUCGACUGGCUGUCCAUGGUGUACAUGGUGGCCUACGUGCCCCUCAUCUUCCCAGCCACCUGGCUGCUGGACACGCGAGGCCUGCGGCUCACGGCGCUGCUGGGCUCCGGCCUCAAUUGCCUGGGCGCCUGGGUCAAGUGCGGCAGCGUGCAGCAGCACCUCUACUGGGUCACCAUGCUGGGCCAGAUCCUGUGCUCCGUGGCUCAGGUCUUCAUCCUGGGCUUGCCCUCCCCCGUCGCCUCGGUCUGGUUUGGACCCAAGGAAGUGUCGACGGCUUGUGCCACUGCAGUGCUGGGCAAUCAGCUUGGAACUGCAGUUGGCUUUUUGUUGCCACCUGUUUUAGUGCCCGUCUUGGGCACACAGAAUAACACAGGCCUCCUGGCUCAUAACAUCAACACCAUGUUUUACGGAACAGCAUUUGUCUCCACAUUUUUAUUUUUUUUAACAGUAAUUGCAUUCAAGGAGAAGCCUCCAUUACCACCGAGUCAGGCUCAGGCGGUUCUUCGAGACAACCCCCCUGCAGAGUACUCGUACAAGAGUUCUAUCUGGAACCUGUUCAGAAACAUCCCCUUUGUUCUCCUGCUGGUCAGUUAUGGUAUCAUGACUGGAGCAUUUUAUUCAGUUUCAACAUUAUUGAAUCAAAUAAUAUUGUACUAUUGUAAGGGAGAAGAGGUGAACGCUGGAAGGAUCGGGCUGACACUGGUGGUAGCUGGAAUGGUGGGCUCCAUCCUCUGUGGCUUGUGGCUGGAUUACACCAAAACCUACAAGCAGACGACUCUGAUCGUGUACAUUCUGGCUUUCAUCGGAAUGCUCGUGUUUACGUUCACACUGAAGCUCCGGUACAUCAUCCUGGUGUUCUUUACUGGCGGGAUCCUUGGCUUCUUCAUGACUGGUUACCUUCCCCUGGGCUUUGAGUUUGCUGUGGAAAUCACUUACCCUGAGUCUGAGGGCACAUCCUCCGGGCUCCUCAACACUGCUGCACAGAUAUUUGGAAUUUUGUUCACAUUGGCUCAAGGAAAGCUCACAUCGGACUAUUAUCCAGAGGCAGGAAACAUUUUCCUCUGUGCCUGGAUGUUCGUAGGCAUCAUUUUAACAGCAUUGAUCAAGUCUGAUCUGAAAAGACACAACAUAAAUGCUGGGCUUACAAACAGUGACAUUAAAGCUGUACCAGUUGAUAGUCUGAUAGAUCAAAAACCAAAAGCGAUGGUGUCUAUACAGUGGGAGUCUUCACUCUGAAGAAAGGAACAUGGCUGCCUCUCAACAUGGGGAUGUGGUAUCAUCUUUGGGCAGCUGUGUGAGUUGUCAGACACUUGAAAAUUAUUGGAUGAAUUCUGAAUAUUAUUUUGUUUUGUGUUAAUUUAAGCAAUAAUCUUGCUUAAAAUGCCCUUGCUUACCUUGUGCUAACACUCCCAUUCAUGUACUCCUGUGUAUUUUCAGUUGUGUGUUGUGUACCUGAAAGUAACAGUCAUGACAUUUUUUUCAGGUUGCUUUGGUUUGUUAUGGGGGUCUAGUUCCUGUAAGAAACAUAAGAGUGUGUAAUUCACACAUAAACAUCCAGGACAUUCCCAGUCAGUUAUUACCUCACCGUACCGACCACAUCAGGGUCACAGAGUGAGUGCACAAUACCGGGAGAAGCAGGGACCCACUCAGACAGGGCUGGGGUCAAGAUUCCCAUCUCGUAUAUAUGCGCUUGUUGUACAGUGUAUUGUGACCUGUUCUGUCCCACAAAAACAAACAAAGAAACAAAACCGUUCUAUGCACAGAUUAAAUCUAUGAUACUCUGGUUAGCUAAGGAGCUGAGACCCACACAGAUCAUCUGAGACCCUCUUUGCUGCCUUCAUACAGAUAAGUGCUAACACAGUACAACCUGAAAUAGCAGUUUAUGCUCGUUGUCCAUUUUCACUUUCUUAGAAGAAACCUUUCACCAUUUGUGUUAUGGGCUAGCUCAUGAUUUCUUAUAUCACAUCUGUAUUUUGCCUUGAAGAUGCCUAAGAUAAGGAAGUCUUUGCUAACCUCUGAGAGCUCACGAGUCUUCGUUCUGUGGAGAGCCCUUGAAAUGCUAGCUGCUGUGUUUCCAGGAUCUUUCCUCUGACUACUGUUUUUGAGGACUACCAGCCCUUGCACAUGUUCUGUGAAUGCUGGGAACAGGUUCUGCUGCACCACAGAGUGUGUGUAGUCAGUACUCUGUGGACACUAUCUCUUACACACUCAGGACAAGGUGAAUGGGACCAAGUGUAUUUUCACAGUGCCUACCACUGUGUCUUGUUUACAGUGAGAAUUAAAUGUCUUUGAUGUUUUGAUUCUUAAGCUUACAUUCAUGACAUUUGAUCAACCAUAAUAUUUAUAUAGUUUGAUUUUGUAAAUUUUACAAAAAUUUACAUAAUAUAAAAUGCACACAGAAAAGGUAAUCAUGUAAUGUAUAUGGUUGAAGCAAAGGCAACUUUGAUUUAGGCAAAAUAUGUGUUGAUUUAUCUUGAUAUUAUAUUAUUCUCUUUCAUCAAAUUACUAUAAAUUAUGUGGAAUUUGACACUGGAAAAUGUACUGAAACUUAAUAUUAUUCAGGAUCAGGAAUUCUGGUUUUGUGUCCUGGGCAUGUUUCUGCCUUGGUAACUCUGCACGCAUCCGUCGCCCUCUCUGGACGCAUUUUCCUGAUCCAUGAAAUAAUGCAUUCAUACUGAUCUAAAAGAUCUUUUUAAAAUAUUGUCUUUCAUCACGAAGUAGACCAAAUCACUGUACCACAGGAAUUUAGAAAUCUAGCUAGAAUUGGGGCAGUGGUGCUACACACCUAAACCCUGUCUUGAAAAA